AUUUUGACAUAUCCGCACGUGCCUUUGGCAAUCAAAAUUUUUUAAUAAAUAAACAAAAAGGUGAACAAUUUUGUAAACAUAAGAAUGGUCCAAGGAAAAUUUAAAAAGGCGAAAUUGCCAGCCAGUGUGCAACAAAAGCAAAAACAGAAAAAUGCCAAAGCAUUUACAAGAAGAUCUAAUGCUCCCAUUCAGGCAAAGAAAACGAAAUUCAAUGAACAACAAAAGAUUAAAAACGCCAUCUCAAAGACUGUCAACAAAUCUGUAGAAAAUGAGUUGCGUUCGCGUGCCUUUGAAGGCCAAAUAAAACUCAGUAAAGCACAGGAAGCGGUGACGAAACAUCAUCAAGCGAAGGCGCAAGUUGCUGCUGAGGCAGCGCCAUCCACGUCAGCGUAGCAAUUUAAAGAGAAUAGAAUUCUUGAGGUGUUUCGUGGAUGUAUCUAUACAUACUUACAUAUCGUCGCCUGGGUAAAAGACUGUCGUAUGUUACUUUCGGCAGGUUUUGGGAAAUCGAUGUUAAAGAUUCAAUCACAAUUUCUCAAAAGCUGUACAAUCGGUUUUUACCAAAGGUUAAUGCUUGAUUGUACAUACUAGCUAAGAUACAAAACCACAUUUUAUUAAAUUUUCAGCAACUCGUAUAGCUUUUACAGCCACUUUUUUUUAAAAUCAUUUAGUCGUAUGUUACAUUUUCACGUUAAACGUUUGCCAGCUGUAUGACAUACUACAAAUCACACACACAGCUACUAAGCAAAAGGCGGAAAUUGUUGAAAUUAUUUUUUGCUCGUACGCGUGUGAUUUUGUCUUAUGUCAUGGUGGUAUGUACCAUACAAUUUGUCACAUAAGACAAUAUUUUAACAAGCCAUCAAUUUCCUCAAACUGUAUGAAAAUUUUAUCGUAUGUGAACAACAUACAACAAAAUGUUGACCGAGUCGUUUGCGAACGUGCAAAUACGACAAAAUGUUACUCAAUAUCUCGGAACCUAAAGGAGAUAUCCAAACACUGGUAACACCAAUCGAAAAAUC